AUGCCGUUGCUAAAUUACCCAAUAAAAGCAGAGAAUAUUCAAAUAAAAACUUUGGCAGAUGAUAUGCGUGACAGAAUAACAAGCUUCAGAAGAUCAGCAGUGAAAAAAGAGAAGCCUCUCAUUCAACAUCCUAUUGACUCUCAACCUUCUAUAAGUGAAAUCCCACUUGCCCAGGCACUUGGUGAUGAGCGUUGCAUGAACUUAUCAGAGAAAGAAGUUAUGGAUCUCUUUGAAAAAAUGAUGGAAGACAUGAAUCUAAAUGAAGAGCGUAAAGCUCCUUUAAGAGAUAAAGACUUGGCCACAAAACGCGAGAUGGUUGUCCAAUACAUUUCUGCUACUGCCAAAUCGAUAGUCGGAAGUAAAGUUCCGGGUGGACUGAAAAACAGUAAGCAUGAAUGCACGCUGUCCUCGCAGGAGUACAUUCAUGAAUUGCGAUCUGGAAUUUCAGAGGAAAAGCUGCUUAAUUGCCUAGAGUCUUUGAGAGUGUCUCUAACUAGCAAUCCAGUCAGCUGGGUUAACAAUUUCGGACAUGAGGGUCUUGGUCUUCUGUUGGAUUUAUUGGAGAAGCUUCUGGACAAGAAACAGCAAGAAAGUAUUGAUAAGAAGAAUCAAUAUAAACUUAUCCAGUGCCUCAAAGCAUUUAUGAACAACAAGUACGGAUUGCAAAGGAUUCUAGGAGAUGAAAGAGGUCUCUACCUGUUAUCGAGAGCAAUUGAUCCAAAGCAACCACACAUGAUGACAGAAACAGUGAAAAUCCUUUCUGCUCUCUGCAUUGUUGGAGAAGAAAAUAUUCUGGACAGGCUUUUAGGUGCUAUAACUACUGCUGCUGAAAGACACAAUAGGGAGCGGUUUUCUCAGAUUGUUGAAGGACUGAAAAACCAUGAAUUCUUACAACUGCAGGUAGCAUGCAUGCAACUCAUCAAUGCCCUCGUUACAUCGCCUGAUGAUCUUGAUUUCAGGAUACACCUGAGAAAUGAGUUUUUACGUUGUGGCCUGAAAAAAAUAUUGCCUGGCUUGAAAGACAAGGAAAAUGACGAGCUUGAUAUUCAGCUAAAAGUAUUUGAUGAGAACAAAGAAGAUGACUUAAUUGAACUGUCACAUCGUCUCAAUGAUAUCAGAGCUGAAAUGGAUGAUGUGAAUGAAGUAUUUCAUCUGCUGUAUAAUAUGUUAAAAGAUACUGCUUCUGAAAAUUACUUCUUGUCAAUUCUCCAACACUUUCUGCUCAUUAGGAGUGAUUACUAUGUCAGACCUCAGUAUUACAAGAUCAUUGAAGAAUGUGUAUCACAGAUAGUGCUGCACUGCAGUGGCGUAGACCCAGAUUUUAAAUGCAGAGGAAGGAUGGACGUGGAUUUUUCUCACCUUGUUGAUGCUUGUGUGGACAAAGCUAAAGUAGAAGAGAGUGAAAAGAAAGCAGCAGAAUUUUCCAGAAAGUUUGAUGAAGAGUUCACAGCUCGACAAGAGGCACAAACGGAGCUACAGAAACGAGAAGAGAAAAUCAAAGAACUUGAAAUAGAAAUCAAACAGCUACGAGCCCAGGGUUCAGGCCAGACAGGUCAAUGGGCAGAAGUAGCACCAGCCCUACCAAGUGAGAAUGCGACAACAACUCCAAUGCUUCCACCACCUGGUGGAACAAUACCUCCUCCUCCUCCGUUGCCUGGUGGAGCAAUACCUCCUCCUCCUCCACCUCCUCCUUUACCUGGUGGAGCAAUACCUCCUCCUCCUCCUCCACCCCCUCCACUGUCUGGUGGAGCAAUACCUCCACCACCCCCUCCACUGCCUGGUGGAGUGGGACCUCCUCCUCCUCCACCACCACCUCCGCUGCCUGGUGGUGCAAUACCACCUCCACCUCCUCUGCCUGGUGGAGCAAUACCACCUCCACCACCUCCGCUACCUGGUGGAGCGAUACCACCUCCACCACCUCCGCUACCUGGUGGAGCAGCACCUCCUCCACCACCACCACCUUUUGGUGGACCUCCAAUGCCACCACCUCUUGGAGGUGUUGCUUUUGCUCCAUUUCCAGUGAUACCAGCAUUACCACAUGGGAUGAAGGAGAAAAAAAAGUAUAAUCUGGAAGUCUCAAUGAAGAGAAUCAACUGGUCAAAGAUUGAGCCUCAAGAGAUAGGAGAAAACAGCUUUUGGGUAAAAGCUGAAGAAGAUAAAUUUGAAAAUCCAGAACUCUUUGCAAAAUUGGCACUUACCUUUGGAACACAAAUGAAAGCUAAAAAGGCAGUAGAGGAUUCAGAAGAAAAGAAGACAGUUCAGUCGAAGAAAAGGAUCAAAGAAUUAAGAAUUUUGGAUGGAAAAACUGCACAAAAUUUAUCAAUAUUUUUGGGUUCUUUCCGUUUGCCUUAUGAAGAAAUAAAAAAUAUCAUUUUAGAGGUUGAUGAAGAGAAGCUGAGUGAAUCCUUGAUUCAGAACCUAGUGAAGAAUCUUCCUGAGCAGAAAGAACUCAAUGCCUUAGCUGAAUUAAAGGAUGAAUAUAAUGAUCUUGCUGAACCAGAACAAUUUGGAGUUGUGAUGAGUUCAGUGAAAAUGUUGCGGUCACGUCUCAAUGGGAUCCUUUUCAAGCUUAUGUUUGAAGAGCACGUAAACAAUAUCAAGCCUGACAUUAUGGCGGUUACUCUGGCUUGUGAAGAGCUGAAGAAGAGUGAAAGCUUCAGUAAGCUUUUAGAGUUAGUGCUGUUCCUUGGAAACUACAUGAACUCUGGCUCCAGAAAUGCACAGUCUCUUGGUUUUAAUAUCAGUUUUCUUUGCAAGAUUCGAGAUACUAAAUCAUCAGAUCAGAAAACAACCCUAUUGCAUUUUCUGGCAGAAAUUUGUGAGGAGAAUUACCGUGACAUCUUAAAAUUUCCAGAUGAAUUGCAGCAUGUUGAGAGUGCAAGUAAAGUUUCAGCCCAGACUCUCAAGAGCAACCUUGAUUCCAUGAACAGUCAGAUCCAGCGUCUAGAAAAUGACAUAAAAAAUUUCCCUAAAACACAAGAUGAACAUGAUAAGUUUGUAGAAAAGAUGAGCAGCUUUGCUGAGAGUGCCCGAGAGCAAUAUGAAAAAUUGUCCAACAUGCACAACAACAUGACCAAAUUGUAUGAAAAUCUGGGAGAAUACUUUACCUUUGAUCCCAAAGCAAUAAGCAUAGAAGAAUUCUUCGGUGAUCUGAGCAACUUCAGAACUCUGUUUUUGGAGGCGUUAAAAGAAAACUACAAAAGAAGAGAAUUGGAGGAGAAAACAAAGAGAGCCAAACUGGCAAAAGAGAAGGCUGAACGAGAGAAACUGGAGCGGCAGAAGAAGAAGCAGCAGUUGAUUGAUAUGAACAAAGAGGGUGAUGAGACGGGAGUGAUGGACAGUCUGCUUGAAGCCUUGCAGUCAGGAGCAGCAUUCAGAGAUCGUAGGAAACGAACACCAAGAGCACAGGAUAACAGACGAGUAACUUUGGAAAGGUCUCGUUCUCGCCACAACGGAACAAUUGCAGCUGUAUGA